AUGACAUCUAAUGACUUCGACAUAAAGGAAACCUAUCUCAAGUUUCUUGAGGAGGAUCCGGAAAUAACCAUGCCAGUGGCUGCCAUUGAAAGUUUGCUUACCAUGUUGAAAAUCAAGCAGCCUUCCACCUCUUCGGAACUCAUAAACCUUCUGUCAGACGCUACAACACAGUUGAAAACAUCCAUACCAAAUGCUAUAUCUCUAUCUGCAGGCUGCGAUCUGUUCACGAGAUUUGUUCUGCGAAACACACAUCUAUAUUCGGAUUGGGAAGCUUGUCGCACCCAUCUGGUCGAGAACGGGCAGCUGUUUCUGCAAAGAGCUAAGGAGAGCAGAGAGAUGAUAGCGCAAGUGGGUCUCAAGUUCAUUCAAGAUGAUGAUACAGUUCUUGUUCAUGGUUAUUCAAGAGUGGUUCACCAUCUGUUGGUUCACGCAAAACAGAAAUUUGUGCGGUUUCGCGUAUUUGUUACAGAAGCGAGGGUAGAUCAGAGCACAAAUGAUGGAAUAAGAAUGGCGGACGCAUUGAAGCUUGAAGGAAUACCUGUUUGCAUGAUCAAUGACUCCCAGGUGGGCUAUGUGCUCAACAAGGUGGAUAAAGUAUUUAUGGGAGCAGAAGGUGUCUCCGAGAGUGGAGGAAUUAUAAACAGAAUAGGUUCUUAUCAAAUUGGAGUUUUAGCACACAAUGCAAACAAGCCUCUAUAUGUUGUCUCUGAGUCACACAAAUUUGUCAGAAUGUUUCCGCUUUCUCCUGAUGACCUUCCUGUGCCGUCAGAAAACGCAUUGACUUUCUCCACCGACACCAAUGACGGCUUCAAUGGCCACCAUCACGUCGACUUCACGCCUCAUCAGUACGUCACUGCUCUUAUUUCCGACUUGGGAGUUUUAACUCCUUCAGCAGUUUCCGAAGAACUCAUCAAAAUGUGGUACGGAUAA